CGUCCAGUUUGAUCAUGACGUUGGGUCAUCCGGGUCAGAACGCGUCACCUGCGGGAUAGAGACUCCGUCGAGCAUCCUCAGUAGUGCGCUCAGACGAGGAGCUAACUUGUGACUUCGUUAGAAAUGUCACCGGACAGCUGAGAACUUAUUAUAGUGACAGGAUUUAACCAAGAGGAAACUUCGGUUGCCAUGUCUCUCCUGUGCGUGCGAGUUAAGAAAGCCAAACUCCAAGGACCUCCAGAUAAAUUCAACGCCUAUGUGACACUGAAAGUGCAAAAUGUGAAGAGUACCACCAUCACUGUGAGGGGAGACCAGCCAUGCUGGGAGCAGGACUUCAUGUUUGAGAUCAGUCGGCUGGACCUGGGCCUCAUUGUAGAGGUGUGGAACAAAGGUCUCAUCUGGGACACCAUGUUAGGAACAGCCUGGAUUCCACAAAAGCAUCUGCCAUUCAGAGGAGGAGGGCCCUGGUGAUUGGAUAUUUCUGGACUCUGAAGUUCUGAUGAAGGCAGAUGAGAUAUAUGGGACUAAAAAUCCAACUCCACAUCGGGUCCUUCUGGACACUCGCUUUGAACUGCCCUUCGAAAUCCCAGAGGAUGAGGCUCGAUACUGGACCGGCAAACUGGAACGCAUCAAUGCUAUGGGCGUUCAUGAUGAGUUUCCCUUACAGGAUGAAGUAGCGGGACGCCCCCUGCCCUGUGCUGCCUCUCAGUGCUCUUUGGAUGACCUGGACAGUGCAGUGGAUGAUAGAGACAGUGACUACAGGAGUGAGACGAGCAGUAGUUUACCUCCACGCUACCACACUACAGCCCAGCCCAACUCUUCACUACACCAGUAUCCCAUGGGGCCACGUUUUCAGCAGCACAUGGAUUCCUGUGCUGACUCUUUGCACAGCUUUGAAUUUGACUAUAGAGAUCCCCAUGCAAGCAGAAUUCCUAAUCAUAGGGGUAGAGUUAGGAUUGUCCCAGUAGAUUCAGGCAUGGGUGUGGAGGAUUGGGAGGUCAAAUACAAACUACAGGGUAAAAGUACCCUGUGUGAGUUCCUUGAUAGAGAAGAACAGGCAUGGAUUGAGGAACAUGGCAGAAAAAAUGAUCUUGUUCAUAUUGAAAAGGCUUGCCAUGAUCCCAUAGUCAGCCAACUACCUCCAAUCAAAAACAAAAAUGCUUCAUUAAAUGCCGCUUACCCAGAAGGCUAUGCUACUAUUGACCGAAGGCGAAGGAAAAAAAUACGGGACCCAGGAGGAGUGGAGCAUGUUGGAGCAGAGCAUUUCCCACCCGAUCUUGCAUUUCUCCGUCAAAAACGAACCGAGCUUGUGUUACGCCAAGUGAAAGAAAUGGAAGAGGCUGAUGAAAACAUGAUGCCAUGCCUGAAACCAUACAAAAAUGGCUUACUCUACAAAACAAGAAUGUGGGCCAAAAAUAAGAUAGAAAACACACUGGAGAAUUAUGUUGCAUAUCAAGAGGAAGAAGCAGCUAGACAGAGGGAAGAUGUAGGCUUUGAUUCUGAGGGCUCAGAUGAGCUACAGUAUUCCAUUGGCUCUGAGGAGGAGUUGGAGGAAAUGACCUCUUUAGCUAAGGCGCUCAGGGCUGAGGAGAGGAAAAAUUAUAGCCAAUAUGGAUAUUUCUCAACAUAUGGGAGCCAAACUGAGAGGCUACAAGGUUACCGUGAUAAGAAGAAUGGAAAGGGUAAAAUUGGUGGAUGGGCUCCAGAGGUCAUGCUGUCUCCUGUUGAGGAACCUAGUGAUGAAUAUGUUGAUCCUAUAGAUGAGCUGCAGUGCCUGGUUGAAACUGUAUCAGAAUAUCUAGCUGAAAAAGAAGAGGAGAUCAGUAAAUAUGGAUCUUUACCCAAGUCUAACAAAUCAAGGCUGUCAUCUCAGGGGAGUGCAAAAACCGAAUCUGUUGGAGAUGAGCAAGGUAUCACCUCUAAGGAAGUGAGAGAUAAACCCAUAGAUGCCAAAGAAAUAAAUUCAAGUGGUGCUUCUGACCAUGGAGUGGCAGGGAUGAAGAAUGCCAUGAGUUCAUUAUUUAGCUCUUUAACAGAUAAAGUUGUAUCAAGCUCAAAACAAGUGGACUCUAAGUCUGUUGAACAAUCAGAGAAUUCAAGUUAUGUUCCUGUUAGUUCUGGUAUAUCAAAAUUGUUUUCCUUCAUGCCAAAGUCUGCAAGUCCCACACCAGUAGCUGUGGUAUCCCCUACUCAGGAUCCUCAGUGUGAUAGGAAGUUUUCAAUGCCAUCUAUUUUGCCUUUCCAGCCAUCAGAUGCCACGUUGCAAAGGGUGGACCACUCAACUCAACCAAUCAGAAAUGAGCCCAACAAAUACAGUGAUGUCACAGCUCACAAUGAGACAUUGUCUUCUGUGAAUUCAGUAUUGGGAAAGGGGAACACUUUCACUGGAGAUAGUGUUGUGAAUGAAACAGCCAAAAGUUUUACUUUUGAUGCGGGGGAAAUGCAGCCAGGUGAUCAGUCCAGAGUUUUGAAUUGCAAUAUGAAACUCAAUACAAUGCCAGAUGCAUGUAAAGUUGCUGAUGGUGAAAAAACUAAAGCUUUUAAAAAUAUUUCCAAUGAGAUAAAUAGUGAGAACACACACACUGAGUGUAUAACACAAAAAGUUGCUGAAGAGUCAGGAUUUUUCAGUCCUUUUAAGAAAUCUCUCAGUUCAUUAAUCUCACCUGGACCUCCAGUGCCUCCUCAGACUCAAACACAGACAGUUUUUCCUGUUUUCAGAUCAGCAGAAGACGUUAGAGUAGAAAAACUUUCAGACCAGUCCUCCCUCACAAAACAAGCUUUUGUCUCUUCUGGCAAUGUAUCUGUCCCACAACCUCCAAAGGCAGAAGGAGGGCUGUUUUCUGGAUUGUUUAAGUUUGCAUCUGGUGAGGAUUCAAGUACAUCCAAAAGUAUGCCACAAAACUCAGUUAAGACAGAUCAAAUUCUUAAUUCCCCAAACAAAAUUACAGGUGUAAUUCCAUCUUCAGUUCAUGACAAUGCAAAAUCAGCAAUACAGAACCAUAAAGAACCUGAGGCAACUGCUAAGGGGAACACAGAAACAGGCUGGUUUUCUACUCUUUUUAAGAUGGCACCAACUGAAGAUCUGCAGCCUGUUACGCCACAUACCCAAAGGCCUAAUAUUCAGAACUCUCCACUUCCUCCAGGGUCAAAUCAAAAUGGACCUAGGAUGCAACCUCAGAAUCCAUCUUUGGCUAAUGAACAAAUGCAAUUUAGGCACCAACGUCCUGGUCCAACUGAAGUCCCUCAUGAUACAGAGCAAAAAGCAUCUCAACAUGAAUGUCAGGGCCUAUUCUCUGGUUUGUUUAAAAUGUCUGAUGAUACAUCAGUUGCCCAAGCAUCUACUAAUCAACAACACCAAGGAGGCUUACUCUCAGGAAUCAUGAAAUUUGCUUCUACAGGUGAUAUGACCACAGGUACUCAACUCAAUCAGUCACAACAAAAGAGUCAGUCUGCUCAAAUAAUAAAUCAACAAACCCUACCUCACACCCAACAAAGUGCAUCUAAUCCUCUUUUCCCAGGGACAUUAAAUGUUUCCUCCACAGAAAAUAGACCCAACCAACAAAAAGACUUUCAGCAUCCAUCAACAUUUGCACGUGCACCACCUCAACAGGGAAGUAUUUUAUCUGGCCUUUUCAAAUUUGCCUCCACUGACAAGGUUUCAGACACUGAGACAAAGAUCUCCCAGGUGCAACAAAAAUCAUCAAGUGCAAGUGCCUCUCAAGAUCCUGUACAGUAUAAUGCUGAGGGACAGAGCAGAAACCUACUUCAGCAGUCCAGAGUCCAAAAUAAGCAAUCAGACCAACAUCAGAAAGGCAUAUUAGAUGGCCCUAGACAAAGUGUAUCCCAUCAAGGAUCUUCUCAACAAGAUGGCUUUCUGUCUGGACUUUUCAAGCUUGCCUCCUCAGAUGUUUCUGUCUCUCAAUCAACUCAACAAAUACAGGCAUCUAACAAUCAGUCCACUCCGCUUCAGCCAAAAACAAAUGUUAUUGGACAAAGCCAACCAUCUCAAGAACAAAAACCCCAGUCAGGUAGUCUCAUCUCUGCCUUUCUCAAAACAUCCUCCACUGAUUCACAGGAACUAAAUACACCACCUGUUACACAUGAAAGCAAGGAACAUUCUUGUCUGCAGCAGUCAGCUAUGACAAAACAAAGUUCUCCUGUAGCCAAGCAAGAUACAUCCUCUCAGUCAGGAAUUUUGUCUGGUCUUUUCAAUAAACUCACAUCCUCAUUUGAAGAUGUAUCUCCAAACAGCCAGAAUUCAUUUCUACAGAAACAGGAGCAGCAACACAUACCAACAAAGAUUUCCACUCAUCAAGGUCAAUCAAAUAGAAAGCUACCUCAAAUACCUCCUCAGAAUCAACAUACACUACAAAACCAAAAGCCCUCUACUCAACAAGGUUUCUUAUCUGGAAUAUUAACCAGGAAUACAACAGAGAUUUCCUCUGCCAAACCAGAGAAUGUGGUUAUGGAAGGAUCACAUUUGAAGUUCAAUUCUUUAGGACUGCUGAGACACAAGGUAUCUGACCCAAAUGAUGUGCCAAACAUCUGUGAAACAGAGAGCCUUGAUUUGAGGACUCCAGCGAGUUAUGCUCGGUCACAACAGAACCGUGCUGCUUACACAUCUAAUAGCACCAGUAAUUUACCCCUCUUAUAUAGCUCACAAAACUUUUCGCUCUCAAGCCAAAUAAGAAACACAUCAUAUAGCACUGAAAAUCUUAGUAGCCUCCCUCUUGGUUACCCAUCUCAAGCCGUAAUGUCACAGGAAUAUUUAAGGCAGAGUUAUCCAUCCUUACAUGGUGUAUCUGAUCAAUAUGCCUACCCACAAGUCUCUUCUUCAUAUGCAUUGGGACUUAGUCCCAAUGAUGAACACUCAUGGAUCCAAGAAUCUAUAUUGUGGCAACAGCUGAAUGAUCAGUCAUUAGGCAGCUAUCCUGAUGGACAUGGAAGUAUAGCUAGUGAUCAGGUCCACAAAUCUUCUCAGUGUCUGAAUAAGAUAGACAUGGAUGUUAAUCAACAAUAUUGUCCUACUCAGCCAUGGAUGAGUUUGCACACUUACCAAGGAGAGAGCAAUAAUCAACCAGAGUAUUCCAAAGAUAUUCGCCAUAGUUCUAUGACAAAGAGAUUGUGGAAUAGCCACAAGAGUUUGGAUCUUACUAGUAGUCAGGAAUUUGAGGGUGUAUUGAAUUUGAGCCUGAAGAAUAAUGCUAAAUUAGGAAAGUGGCACUCAUUUAGUGCAGAUAGUUGUUACAGUCUAAACAGUAUUUCAUAUCAUGAGGGAUAUUAUGAGGAAACACCUCCACACCUGUCUUACUCAGCUAAUGGACAGGUUAUAUAUCAAGGCACAUCAGAAAUUUGCAAUCAACCUGGGAAUAAUGGAGGCUAUAUUAAUGUAGCUACAUCUCCCAAUCCAUGGAAUUCCUCUUCAACAAGCAACACUGACAUGGAGGAACAUGUUUAUCUUGAGGAGUCAGAGUGGUAUCAGCAAUGGCUUUCACUUUUAGACCAAGGGAUGUGGUGGCCAGCAGAUGAUGGAGAUUGUGGAUAUUUUGUCUACACUGAUUAUGAGUACAUUUAUGCUCUACUGACAGAUGUGUCUGGGCAGUAUGUCUAUGCAUGUGCUCCAGAACAAGACUGGGGAAAUACAGGGGACUUGUAUCCUAAUGCCUGGCUGUAUAAUGAGAUGGUUAAAGUUUGUGGUUUUAAGAUUCCUCUCUACAAUGAAGAUGAGCUCCUUUGGAUUCCAGGGCAAGACCAAAGUGAAGCUGAACUUCUGACCGCACCACUUGACUUGUCGGCAGCCUAUAGAAAAGGUAAUCAAAUCAUGAAUCUGAACCUAGAGUGUUUCUCUUGGAUGUUUGAGGAUUCUAUUCUUAAUCAAAGACAGCAAGCUCUGGAUUUUUCCACUUAUCAAUUUAACAAGGUUAAGAUGGAUACAAAACAACAGCGCCAAAACAAUUUUGGGUACUGGAAUCCUUGUCAGGAAGCAGUUGACCUCUCAUAUCAUGGUGCCAACCACAAUAGUGCAAAUCUCAAUAGCAGAGGAAUAAAAGAACUGCUAUCUCAGAAGGUUUCUAUUUCAUUUGGUGCUACCUCAACUACAAAUUCACCUACCACGGGUGUCUACAGCUGCUAUCAGCCUCAACAGAGGCGACGUUCAUCCACUGGAGUGCAAGUAAAGCAUAUAGAUGAUGUUUCAGAAGAGGAGUGGAGAAAGAGAGUACAGCCUGGAGAGGAGCAGCCCAAUCGACCCAUUAAGAAAAUAUCCUCUUUUCUAUCCUCAAUUGUUGGCAAAAGUUCGGAUUCAGAAUCAACCAAAAAUAUAACUGUCUCUAGGUCACCUAAUGCCAAGGAUGCCCCAUACAUAGGACAAAUUCAAAGCAAAUUUACUAAAGCCUCUGAAACUCGACUUGGUGAUCAGCAAACCAAAAACAUGAUCUCAACAGGUUUUCAAAGUCUUAAAUCAAAGCUCAUAAAGGAUGACUCCUCCUGUGCAACAACUCGGACAGAAAACACAAGUCACUUGGCAUCCAAACCAAUUUCAACAACAUCUGGUGUUUCAGUAUCAUCUCCAACACAGUCAUCAGCUUCCACAACUCCUCAGAGUGCAUCCACUUUAAGCUCAUCUCAGAAACCCAAAUUGGCUAGACAAGCCACAAUGUCACAACAGUCCUCUGUUGCUUUAAAAUCUGUUAGUUCUACUACUUCAAUUUCAAGAGACUGCUCAAGUGCAACCUCCAAAUCGGCUUCCCCAGAAGUUUCUCAGCCAGUAGAUAAGCAUGGUGGCAACCCAUCUGAGCAGUCUGGUGGGUUUUUAACCCUUUUCAAGACUGCAGUGGGGAUAGAAGAGGUAAAGUCAGAUCCCUCUAAAUCUACUCAGUCAGUAUCUAGACAACCAGAGAAAAAUGGAUCUGCUUCUGCUGGCAGAAAAGAUUCAACAACAAAUCAAGACAAAACUGGAAAGUCUAGCCUUUUUGGGUCAAUAGGUGAUAUUUUCAACAUAGAAAGUCCUUCACCACCAAACACAAAUCUGCAACAUUCUCCCUCACACCUGCAAUCAACUAAUGUACUAAAUGAUUUGAACAAAGACUGCUGCCAAACAAAAACAAUGCUUAAGGGAAUUCAGAAGCAACAAACAGUAAGUCCCUCUGGACAAGACGGUCAGUCGGAAUUACCUAGUGUAUCACAGUCAUUUCAGGGAAGGAGUGUCUCAGCAUCUCAGAUAUUUUCCCCUGAAGCUAACAAAGUACCAAUGCCAGGGAGAUCUCAAACUAUGCCACCAGCUGGGGAGACAAAACCAGAAGCCCCCUCCAAGCAAUCUGGUGGCUUGUUUGGUUUCUCUGUUGGGGAUAUGUUCUCUGGGGCCACAGCCUCUAAAGAGGAAGGCAAAGGGCUGCUGUCCAUAUUUGGUGGUUCCGGUCAACAACAAGCUCCCUCUCAAACUGGAUCCGCCUCUCCUCAAGAAAAAAUGGAUAGUGCAUCUACAAAAGAGCCACUAGGCAAAAACAUCCUGACUUUGUUUGGAGGUUCCAGCAUUCAACAGACUUCACCACCAUCUGGAACCUCAAGUCAAACAACAGGAUCUGCUCCUCCCAAAGAGAGUCAAGGUCUGAAUUUAUUUUCUGUGUUCAGUGGCACUAGUACACAGCAGUCUUCAACACAACCUGAUUCUUGUAAUCAAAAACAAACACCAGGCACUGUCCCUCCAAAGGAAACAUCAGCCAUGGGUUUACUCUCCAUGAUAAGUGGUUCUGGCACUCAGCAGACUUCACCUGGAUCUAGAACUGAUCCACCAAAAGAUCCACCAGUAACAGGAUUACUAUCUAUGUUCAGUAGCCCUAAUCAACAUCAGACAUCACAGCCACGCUCUACCACACAGCCUGGACCCCAAGGGAAUGGACAACAAAAAGAGCCCCUGGGUAAAAGUUUAUUUUCUAUGUUUGGUGGUUCAGGGCAACAACCUUCACAGCAGACAGGAUCAAUUUUUGGUGGUAUAUUAGGUGGAUCUUCAAGCUCUACUGAGAGUCCAGCGAAAGGUUUAUUCUCUAUGUUUGGAGCACAAAGCCCACAACCACCAACUACCAGAGUUCCAGGCACUGUCUCUACUAAUGAGCAAACAGUUAAACAUACUUAUUUUUUGGAUGGGUCUAACUCCCAACAAACUCCACCACAAUCUGUCUCUUCUUCUACAAAAGAAGCAACCCUUGCAAAGGAAACACCUAAAGACAGUCCAGCAAAGGGUUUAGUUUUGGACUCUGGAAUAGCCAUUCACCCAGCAGCAUUACAGGAAGGCUUGACUCCGGAGUCUGUUGUCCCAUCAAAUGAGCCAUCAGUAAAUAAAAUACCCUCCUUGUCUAGUGCACCUAGCUCUCAGGAAUCCCCACAACAACCAGAUUCAAUGUCACCUUCUAUUUCCCUUGAUAGUAAAGGGUCAAAGGAGUCACAAGGUAAAGAUUUGAUUACUGUACAAAUUCCACAGCCAGGUUCUUCUCAACCCUCCUCACUUCUAAGUGGAUUGCUAUCAAAUGAAACCCCUGGUAAAGGUCUUUUGGCAAACCUUGCUGGGGCUAUAAUUCAGCCAAGUGAGAUACCAGUUACACCAAGCUGUGAUCCAACUGUAUCAGCACCAAAAGCCCCACACGAAGUAUUGACAACUGUUGAUGGUAGAUUGGCAUCUUCUGAAUCUAGCAAGAUACCGGCACACCAGGAGGAUUCUUCUGCUCAGGGUGUAGUACCACCAAAAGAGGGAGCGACCUCAGGCUUGUUAUCAAUGUUUUCUGGGUCAGGUUCUCAAAAUGCUCCUUCUCAAACUGGGUCUAUGCUAGGUGGGAUUUUCCCGGGUGCCUCAGGAUCAAAGGAAAUUCCUGGCAAGAAUCUGUUUUCUAUGUUUUCUGGGCCCAGUGCACAGCCCAGUCCAGGUAACACUGGGCCUAAGCUUGAGAGUAACAGUCCAGGGUCUUCUACCUUCAAUGAGUUUCCAGGAAAAGGUUUAUUUUCUGUGUUUGGUGGAUCAAGUCCACAACAGGCCACUGCUCAGUCUUCUUCACUAUUAGGAGGUCUUCUGUCUGGAGUUGCUUCUAAAGAUGCUCCUGGAAAAAGUCUUCUUUCCAUGUUCGGUGGGCCUAAUUCAACACCUUCACCUAGUAAAACGGGACCAAAAUCCGAACCAUCUGAAACUGAGGGGGUGUUGAAGAUUGCAUCAUUAUUCUCUCGAGGGGAUGCCACUGAGGACAAUAAAUCAAAGACGGUGGGCUUCAUGGAGGAAAAGAAAUCAGGACCACAGAAUGAUGAUUACAAGCAUUCUAUUCCCUUGGGCGAUCAACAAAAAACAGCAGCCCCCAUGGCUCCAGUCUCUGCUGGUAUUGCUGACAAAAGCUCAGAUCACAUUGUUGAGACAGUUGCUGCUGAGGGGAGUAAGCUAGAUGUUACCGUAAAUUAUUCUAGUUUGCUUGGAGAUGCUUUAUCAAAGGAUGUUGAUUCUAACUUGGAGCAGAGUACAAAAACAGAAAUCCAGAUUACAGAUCACAAACCUGAGUCUAUAAAACAGACCGAUUCAACAGAGCCCAAUGCCUCUGGCUCUGAGGGACUUCAACAUCAUGAACAACAGAAAUCUGUCAUAGAUUCAUCAGCUGAAGCAGUCAGUGGGUUUAUGUCUAAACUCUUUACUGGUGCCAGUUCAGCAACAAAUUCAUCAGGAAGUCUCUUCUCACAAACAAUCACAGAAAAAAACUCACUCUUUGGCCUGCCAAGUAGCUUGCCCAUGGAAUCUAUUAAAAAUGACCUUUUCGGUAUGUUUAAAUCACCAGAAGCAACCAAAGCAGCUGACAUAGCACCAUCUAUUACCUCUACUUCUCAGUCUCUUCAGUCAGUCCAAGAUCAGAAUGCACAUAAUGAUUCAUUGUCAUCUUCUGGUGAUAUUACAUUGUCUGGAGACAAAGAUGAAAAAGAUAAAGUAGAAACCCUUUUACCCAUGAAAGAAAUGUCUGCUAAUGAUACUUUGUGUAAUUCAACAGUUGUAGAUCCCACAGCAGCUUCCAGCUGCCAUCCAGGUGAAACAAUUGUUAAGAAGCCUUCUGACAGUGAAGUAAUAUAUGAGAAAACCGUUGUCAUUGUUUCUGAACCUGAGGCAAAGGAUACAGACAAAUCAAUAUCUGAAAUAGACAUCAGUUCAAAAGUGGCUCAAAAUCCUCCAUCAACAGAAACUUCUCAGUCUAUAUUUGGCUUGCCAAGUUUAACAGCACCUAAGUUGGGUUUCAUGGCUGGAGCUGCAGAUGCUGGAAAGUCUUUUGGAUCUUUCUUUUCUUCACCACCCUCAAUACCAAACACAGAAAGUGGCAAGCUUCUUUCUGGGCUUAAGUCAUUUUCAGCAGGGCUGUUUCAAGAGGAGAUGUCAAAAGAAGAAACAUCAGCAUCUUUGUUUGGAACAAAAUUGGGUUUUCCAUGGCAUAAAGAAACUCCAGAACCUCCUAAGCAACGAAGACCUCCAGUUGUUACAACCCAACCUCAAAAGAAUGAAGUUCAUAUUGAGAAUAGAACAACUGCUGAAAUGGGGCAUGACAAUUUUAUGUCAAAGGAAGAAAAUGGUCAAAUCAAACACCCUGUUGAUGUUAAACAAGAAAUUGUUGCAAAUUCUGAAGUCCAAAAGAAAAAAAAUGUUGUCCUAGAAAAUGACACAGAUAAACCCCAACAAAGUUUAUCCACUCCUGAUCCUCCUCUUCUAAAAGAAUCAGAAAUCCAUAUCCAGACCCCACCCUCUACAGAUGACUCUUCAGGAUUACAGCAGCAAAAGAAGGACCUUUUGAUUCCAAAAAGGCUAGUAGCAGCAUAAUAAAUGGUUUUAUAAACCAUUUAUGUUGCACUAAGUUUACAUGCACAGUCAUUGUUCUAUCAAAAAAAAUAUAUAUAUAUGUUUUUCAUGUUCAUCUAUCAAUUUCUGGGCUUUGGUCUCUGUGAUGAAAUAAUUAUUAGAAUAGGACUAGUAGUGCUCACGCAAAUCUGCUGAAGACCACUUAUAAGUAUGCGUCUGAAAUAUUCAAAUUUAAAAUUAAGGGGCUCAUUUUAAUCAGAAUAUCUCAAUAUGCUGAAUAAGAAUAUUAAUGUGCAUGUAAACACGCUCAUUAACUUUAGUUUUAGCUUUAGUUUACGAAAAUGGUGGCUUUCCCAAUGUGUGAUUUGUUUCUUCUCAGUGCUAUGUGAUUUUUGUAUAGUAACUGUGCUUUGAUUCCUUGUAACUUUGUAUUUCCUUUAGCUGUGUGUAGCAUUUACCGAGUUUCUUAAUUGGUGACUGGUUAAAUUGAUGUAGUUUUAAAAAUCUUAGUUACUGUAACUCACUUGCUGCCAUCUUUCUUUUGUUUUCUUUUCUUUUCAACA